AUGUUCCUGCAGGCUCCGUUGUCGUUCUUUGUAAGAACUGAUACGGGGGACUUGAUCAAUAGAUUCAGUCAAGAUAUGACACUUCUUGACCAGAAACUGCCAAGUGCACUUUAUGCUGCAUUACAUGGCCUACUUUCAUGUCUGGCCGAUGCAGGCUUGAUAUUCGCGGGCGCAAAGUAUCUUGCCGCCGUAAUUCCUGUUGCAGUCCUGGUGAUGUACACCCUUCAGGUCUUCUACCUCCGUACAUCAUGUCAGAUGCGUUACCUUGACCUCCAGGCUAAGGCGCCCCUCUUUGCCCUCAUUCUAGGAAUGGUCGACGGCUUGGCUACCAUAAGAGCAUUUGGAUGGCAGUCCGCGUUCCGGGCCACGUCGUUCCAGAGGCUCGACGAGUUACAGAAGCCUUAUUAUCUCAUGUUCUGCAUUCAGAGAUGGCUGGCCUUGGUCCUCGACCUCUUCGUUGCAGCCUCGGCUGUGAUUUUAGUAGCAUUUGACAUUUUGACACCCUCCUCAACAAGUGCCAACGCCAUCGCCAUCUCCUUGUACGCUAUCGUGAACUUCAACGAGUCACUGGCACGCCUCAUAACGUCGUGGACGGAGCUAGAGGCGUCACUUGGGGCUAUAUCCAGGCUCAGGGAUUUUGAGAAGCAGACCCCUUCAGAAAUACCUAAAUUUGCUAUCUGCGGUCGUACCAGAAGCGGCAAGUCAUCCCUCGUGCUCGCACUGUUCCGCUUGUUAGAACCGGAUUCGGGCAACAUCUGCAUUGAUGGUGUCGACAUUGCCAACAUUCCCCAUGAUGUCUUGAGGGGUCGCCUCAUCACCAUUCCUCAGGAGCCUCUGCUAUUUCCGGGAACUUUGCGGUCCAACCUAGUCCUGGCUCGGGAUGGGAGCAUUCCGGAAACCGAGCCGACAAUGCACCAAGAUGGACAUCUUGUUGAAACUCUGACUAAGGUCUCACUCUGGCCUGUCGUCUCCUUACACGGUGGGCUCGAUACCGACAUCUCCAACUUUUCCCUCUCGCACGGCCAGAAGCAGCUUCUAUGCCUUGCUCGUGCAGUCGUCAAUAAAACGGCCAGCAAAAUUCUUAUUCUGGAUGAGGCUACGAGCGCAGUUGACCAAGAGACGGAAAGUUUGAUUGUGAAAAUACUGGAGACCGAGUUUGCAUCGCACACUGUAGUGUCUGUCGUUUACAGACUGCACACGGUGCGCGACUCUGAUAUAGUCAUUGUGCUGGACACGGGUAGUGUCGUCGAGAUGGGACCACCAGGGCAACUAUUGGCAGUAGAGGGAGGGAGGUUUAGGAGCAUGUGGAACUCGGGCAGCAUUUAG